UUCUUAAAACGGUUCUGGAAAAAAGAUGUCAAAGAUGUGAAAGCUAUGCCACUCAGUAACAAUACUGUUAUCAGAAGAAUAGACGAAAUGAGUGAAGAUAUUGAAAUUGUUGAAAAGCUGAAAACAAGAAAAUUAUCAGUGCUAAUGGAUGAAUCAACUUUGAGAGACAGUGAGGCUGCAUUGAUAGGUUGCGUAAGAUAUACUGAUAAAGGAUAUUUUGCCGAAGAAAUGUUGUUCUGUAAAUCAUUAGAAAGCACCACUACCACCAAAGAUAUAAUUAUAUACUAA